UUGGUUGACCCGGACCGGACGGCAGGACACCGUCGGGAGUUCGCUGCAACACAUCGACGGCUUCCACAUCUUCUCAGGCCAAGGUUUUUGUCCCGCGAGAAUGGAAUCUCUAUUUGUAGGCUUGUCUUAUAACAAGCCAAAAAAAUCGGUGGCAACCGCAAUAGUUCGAGAAGACUAUAUUUGCACGCAAGGUGAUCUUGCUCUCAUCGAUUUUAUCAAGAAAAUCCCUUGUGAACCAAGGGUAGAAGUCGUUCUUAUUGAUGAUGCCUUUGUUGAAAGGAAGUGGAUGGAGUGUUUAUUUCAGCCGAGCGCAUAUUUAGGUGACGAGGUUAUAGACUGUUACAUAAAUUUGAUAAAAGCUCAAAAGCAUCUAAAGUGCCGAUCUGGAGGUCGCGUUCACAUAGAAAAUGCUUUCCAGUUCAAUUUCCUGAAGCGAGAUGGUGAUCUUGAAAUUAAAACAGAUGAGCUAUAUCCAAUUAAAGACAUGGCACACAUAUAG